AGUGGCAGUUUGCCAGACAAUGAAACCCUCGCCAGUCGUUUUGUGUAAAUUAACAGUGUCUGCACUAUCUGAGACUAGACUACAACAGACUUUGUCUAGAAAGGAUUACGGUUUCAAAUCAGAGUUCGGGCCGGUCUGACGUCCCUGGCCUUGCAGACUACACUAGUGUGAUGUUUGUGCUAUUUUUACCGACACAACGUUUCUGAUAUUUCAUGCUCAUAGGCCCAAGCCUUCAUCAUAAUAUCAGCUUUCAUCUCUGAAGCAUUUAAAUUCGAAACUAAUCACUCUUUUUGGAUAUAGCGAGUCGCAACUCUCCGUAUUACAUCUACUCAUUACUCUCGGCUCUGGCUUAAGUGACGGAUCUCCUCCACUUUCAUCCAUCUUCCUAAUCCUAUACCGUAUACCUAUAGCGCGCUAGCUCACUACUCCCCGCCCCGCUCCCGACCGCGCCCUGCGCUCGCGCUCCCCGGAUUCACACGGUAUACAGUCGAGUAUAUCGAGUACGACCGCGACCGCUAGCUGGUGUGAUACUGUCAACUGUGUUCCCGUUCCCGGUGUCGUCAACAAGUGAAUUUUAACUUCUAGAUAUAGACCUAGGCCUAUAGGUCUUACUGAAUGACAUCAGACUGACAAAUCGUCAAUAAUGGGUAAAUUGCAGACAUUCGAGGUGGUUUUCGAAGGUAACAACGAAGUGUUUAAACCAGGAGACGCCAUCAAUGGACAAGCUAGGAUAGUUCUGACUGGAGAAAAAGGAGAUAUUCGAGGUAUUAAGGUAGUGUGUAAAGGCAAGUCCUACACACAUUGGUCUGAAACAAGGGGCUCUGGAGAGCACAGAAGAACCAUCCAUUACACAUGGAAAAUUCCAUUCUUCAAGCAAGAAGUUAUUCUGCGUGGUGCAGGUAAGGACAACAAAACAGCCAGCAGGAUGAAUCUGCCUAUUGGAGACCAUCGCUUUCCAUUUCAAUUCCAGCUCCCGAGAGAGAGCCUUCCUCCACCAUUUGAAGGUACAUGGGGCUGGGUCCGAUAUUACAUCAAGGCUACCAUCGAUAGACCGUGGAAGUUUGACCAUAAAGUUCAGCGCUUCUUCAGCAUCUGGACAACCAAAGAUCUCAACCUGAUGCCCAAUAUCUUGACAAUGCCAACUGGGAUCACUGAGAAGACUGUUUGUUGUUUAUGCUGUGAAUCUGGACCAAUUAGUGUGCGAGGAUCCAUUGAUAAAGGUGGCUAUGUCCCGGGAGAGAACAUCCUUGUUACCGUGGAGCUCAACAAUCAAUGUGGUAGAGAAUUAGUCUCCCUCAAGGCUGCUCUGUUUCAGAAAUCAAUUUACCAUGCCAAACAUGGAUCAAGCACUCACACACGUAAAAACACAAAGAAGAUUUGUGAGAUUGAACUUGAAGACUUCAACGCUCAGGAAUCUAUGAUCUUUGAGAGGAAACCGUUGGCUAUUCCACCGAUUGCUCCGAUGUCCUUUGAGAACUGUCCCAACAUUGAAGUCAUGUAUAAAGUGGUGAUUGAAGCAGAUGUUUCUGGUACACCCAUCGAUGCAACGAUUGACCUACCUAUAUUCAUCGGCACUAUACCUGCCUUGCCUCACCUAGUUCAACAAGCCACUCAUCAAGCCCAACCUGGCUACCCGCCCCAAGCUGGCUAUCCACCCCAGCAGCCUGGCUACCCGCCCCAGCAGGGCUACCCUCCUCAACCGGGCUACGCCCCUCAACCUGGCUACCCACCUCAGCCUGGCUACCCACCCCAACCAGCUGGAGGUCCACCACCCCAAGCUGGUUACCCACCACCUCAGGGCCAGUCUGGGUACCCUCCAGGCCCACCACCUGCUGGUCAAGGUGCAGCUCAGUACCCAGCUCAGCUUCCAGCCUUGCCUCCUCCAAGCUAUGAGAUGGCAGCGGAAGGACCAAUACAGAUAGAAGGUAAAAAAGGAAGCUUUGGGACCACCAGUUAUGCACCGAGGUACCCCUACUACAACCCUGGAUCAAUCUCUCCUCCUAUUCCGUCUCAAGAUACGAGUGGUGGACCCAUCAUGUCACAGCCUCAGUUCAGCCAGCAUCCAACACACACGGAAGAAGUAAAGCUUGAAGUUUAAUCCAUAGACCUCAUUUCUCCUGCCACUCCUUUGUAUUCCUUUGCCAUGAACCCUUCUGACCAUUGUAUGGCCAGAGUGCUCUCCUGGGGUGAGAGAUGGUGCACACAAUGUGUGUAUAUAUGAAUCCAUUGACCAGUACAAUAACCUUAGAGCACUUUGAAAAUGUUAUUUUGAAGUUCUCUUUUAAUCAUGUUUAUCAUUCUUGGUACAGUUAAUAUAUAUGUUAAAAAUGAAGAUACGGCCACUUUGGUUAUAACAUGAUCUUUUAUACUUCUCUUAUCACUGUUUGUUUGAUAUGAAUAUUGCACUCUGUCACCGGCUGCCUCCUACUCACUCCCUCUCUCUUUCUUACUCUCCUCAGUUGUCUCUCUCAUUACCUUCUGUCUUUCUCCUUCUUGCCAGUCAACAUCCACAUAUAUCCCUUGCUUUCAUCUACCUUAUUUUGCAUACAGCAUAGUUUUUCAUUAUAUUCACUGUCUAUAAAGCUUGUACCCUAUUGCUUUUCUACUGUUGUAGGCAUUGAUCCAUUACAUUUCAGGCUAUUUGUAUGUUGUUGUUUUUUUUGUAGAUUUUUUUUGUUGUAACUGCCGUAUAAUCCAACCAUGCAUCAUAUUUGUGUGGUUUAAUUAUUGGUAUUAUCCACACUAAUUUGUAUGAAAUAUUUUGUUGCAUUAUUUAUCUAUUUUUAAUUUAAACAGAUAAAAUGAGUAAGAAAAUUUGAAUUUCAAUUUUAACUUAGAUAACUAUUUGAUCAUGUGGAAAGAGAGCAUGGGAUAUGACAGUAUAAAAUAAAAGAUCAAAUUCA